GUGAGACUCCUGGUGACUACAGGGAGCUCGGUUACGGGGGCACAGAAGGUGCUGGAAUAGCUGGAAAUGGCUCUUUGGUGAUCCCACGGGUGUCCCGGGAACAUGGCGGCUUCUAUCUUUGCCAAGCAAGCAAUGGCAUUGGUCCCGGCCUCAGCAAACUCAUUCGGCUAACAGUCCAUGCUGGACCAACCGUGAGAGUGAGGACUAGACAAGAAUCUGUGAGAAGGGGUGAAAGUGUAAUUUUACGCUGCGAAGCCGAGGGUGAUGCACCCCUUGAUCUCAGUUGGCGAGCCCGUGGCAGCAGAAUUGACCCCACUUAUGACGUUAGGUACUCUCUGGAUAAUUCGCCAAUCCCGCGUGGAAUGGUAUCGGAAUUGCGAAUCAACGAGGCUGGACAUGCCGAUCGUGGUGAAUACGUUUGCGUAGCCGGAAAUGCGUACGGACAUGAUAGAGCGACGAUACAUCUGCUUGUACAGGAACCACCGAAUUUUCCACGUAACUUGCACGUGUCCGAGCAGGGUAGUCGCUCCAUACUUUUAGCCUGGAUGCCACCGACUGGUGAUUCUGAUCCGGCUCAUCCGGAUUCGCCUAUAACCAAAUACGUCGUGCAGUAUAAGGAGGCUCAAGAUGUGUGGCAUGAACACAACACUCAGCAGACGGUCGCAGGGGACAACACGGUAGCCCUGGUAUCGCCUCUAAAACCAGCCACAACCUACCACUUUCGUGUCUUUGCGGAAAAUCAUCUCGGGACUUCAGCCCCAAGCGACACACUUCAUGCUCAAACUGACGGCGAAGUGCCUAGCGGUCCUCCGAAGCAGAUCUCGGUCGAGCCACUGGGAGCUCAACAACUUAGAAUCACAUGGCAACCACCUGAUCGAUCCCUAUGGAACGGCGAACUCCUUGGUUACACUAUAGGCUAUCGAAAUUUGGGACACGAUGACGAGACCAUUAAUACUACUAGAGUGGGAAUUACUGGAAAUGGCGACGGUUCCUACGAUUACAGACUAACCGGAUUACGUAAAUACACCCAAUACAGUAUUGUUAUUAAAGCAUUUAACAGUAAAGGGGAUGGUCCAGGUUCUGAUCCUGUUGUGGCACAAACUUUGGAAGACGUUCCAAGCGCACCGCCGCAAAACGUCGCGUGUGCCGCCCUUACCGGACAGAGUAUACAGAUAACCUGGAAGCCGCCACCGUCUGACAAAUUGCACGGUAUAGUGCAAGGUUACAAGCUCCUCUACGAAGCUGCCAAUGAUGGAGCUACUGAAAUGCAGGGUUCUCGGGAGACCAAGAUAUCCCAUGCACUUAGCACAGUGUUGCACGGUCUCAACCCUUACACUAAUUACACGGUUCAAGUGUUGGCGUAUACGCGCGCUGGGGAGGGUGUCAGUAGUAAUCCGGUAUCCUGCACCACCGAGGAAACGGUGCCAGAUGCACCUGAAAAACUUAAAGCUGUCGCAAGUGCUGAGGACACUGUAGUGAUAUCCUGGUUGCCACCAAGACGGCCGAACGGUAUCCUUACCAAGUAUACCGUUUAUAUUAGGGUGUUGGACAAGGGCCAGGAAGUAAAGAUCAUUAAAGGCAGUCUGCCUGCGCAGAAUUUGCACUAUGAUGCGGUGGGCUUAAAGCUACGCGAGUCCUACGAAGCUUGGGUGACAGCCUCGACUAAAGUAGGACAGGGGCCAAGCACAUCAGUGAUAAAACUUCAUCCUAGCACCACCAUUCCGGCUGCCAUCAUAUCCUUUGGCGUUCCUGUUCUUGUACCAUGGCGCGUGGACGUGAGCCUCGCUUGCCUUUUUGUUGGGAAUCCGAAACCUACUGUUGAGUGGUGGUUGGGCGAUGUGAAGUUGCAGAAACAGCAGAGGUUGGAUAUAGGUUCUGAUAAUACGCUAAUUUUGCGGAAUGUACAAAGGAGUCACGAGGGAAACUAUUCCUGUCAUGUCAGAAAUUCCCUUGGAUCCGAUCGGAUAGAUUACAUGCUUCAGGUACAAGUUCCACCAACGCCGCCCACGCUUCUCGCAACCGGCACCACGACAGAUGCAGUUCAACUACAAUGGAAACAGGGAGACAACGGGGGUGCGCCCAUUAAAGGAUUCCUAUUGGCUUACCGGCGAGAAUUUGCUGAAUGGGAAGAGGUUCUUCUCGAUCGCAGAGCUACCACCCACUUGCUAGAAGGGCUGCAAUGCGGGACGAGAUACCAAUUCACUUUAGCCGCUUUCAAUCGAAUUGGCAGUGGCAGCGCCAGUAAGAUGGAAACUGCAAGAACCAAAGGGUCGAAGCCCAUACCGCCUACCAAGCAGCAUCUCAUUAGAGCCAACCUGACAUCUGUUAUACUGGAACUGGCGUCGUGGCAAGAUGGUGGUUGUCCUUUGCUUUACUUCGUUGUGGAGUAUAAGAGGUUGCCAGGCGAUUGGCUUCUGGUGUCCAAUAACGUUCCACCUCAGUCGCGAUUCCCAAUAGUCGAUCUAGAGCGUGGAACCAGCUAUGAGCUGAGGGUUACUGGUUAUAAUAAUGCUGGCUCAACUCAGGAGGAGUAUUUAUUCACUACUUUGAGCCCCAAUGGCAACACUAGGAUGCAAGAGGGACCUUCAAACGGUAUGGAAGACACGCCGCUCUAUCUUGACGCACAAGUUCUAGCGCCUAGUGUUAUUUCACUCCUUGCCGUCAUUCUGGCUGUCGCCGGAGUCUGCUUUUGCCUCAGGACCCAUCCAGGGAGAUCGGGUUCCGCUAACGAUCCGAGUUCCCAAACCCAAGCAGCGCUAGAUAACAAGCACAACAUGGAACAACGGGAACAGUAUUAUGCUACUGUAAGGAAACCGGGUCAGCAGUCACCUUGCCGAGAGGAAAACCUUUCCGCGAACCCGAUACGUCAGGCCUUCUUCUACGAGCGUAGCGAGACAAUGCUCCAGGGAGCGCAGUGCGAUGUAGAUCAAUAUACAAAAGUGCGCGGUCGCGCGCGUCGCAAAUCGAAGUCAUUCAAGUCCGAGUCCGAGGAAUACGACACUCUAGGGUCGGAUAGCGACACGGAGGUUGGGACGAGUAGCAGAACCGAAUCAUCUAAUCAUUUGGAUGAUUCUGCACCCACUUCGAUAAUGGCUAGGUCACCGGGUACUAAUUCUGGUGGACCGCGCGGUCGGGAACAACGACUUGCCCUGGUGCCGAGGCCGGUUCAUCAUAAUGUCCUGUACCACACGCAAGAAUCAAGUACAUCAACCGAGCCGUCACCAAUUUCUGAAAGGAAGACAUUUCCUAGAAUGGAGAAGCAGAGGAGUCGUGGCGCUGCGCCAGACGUUUCCAUCGACCCGGGUCGGUUGGGCAUACUGCGACCGGCCCUGAAGCUCUCAGAGUCCGGUUUGCGUGCGUUUUCGACGACAACGUCACCAAGUCAUCCGACAACCACGCGGCCAGGAAGCGUCACGUGUGAGAGAUCAUCCGUGAAAGAGACUGGUUCGAGAAAGUCCGUGGAGUCACUCUGUCUUUUGGAGGAGACUCCUAGGACGGGAUUGGUACGAAACUUGAAUCGCGUAUCUCGUAAUGGCAAGACGCGCGGCAGGCUCGAGGAUUGGGGUAGCGAGCUGUCGACCCUGGAACUUAAGCCGCCUUCCGGUUUCAUGGACGCGCACGAGACCAGCGAAGCUGAGUGCGAUAUCGACAUGAAGCUUAAGGUUCAUCGCAAAAAGGGAUUGAUGGCUGCGACAAACUCUCUUUCAAAAUCUCCUAAAGACUUUACCAUCACUGUUUAAAUGUACUCGAAGAAGAUAUCAAAAUGACGGGAGUAAGAGGUGAGCGAGAGGGGGAGAGGGGGGGGGGGAGAACGAUGAGCAUGAAAAAAGAAGAAAAAUAACAAGGAAAAAUAUGCAUAGAUAUCUCAAUUCGUUAUUGCCAAUAAGCUCGAACUUUACGUAAACGAUGACUGUCUCCAUUAAGAUUAAUUCGUUGAUUACUGCUACGUGUACAAUAAAGACAUAUUUUUUUAGCAA